UCAAAAGACAUGAAACAAAAGAAAACUCCAAAGCCGCUCUUCUUUCUUCAUCGUUUUCGCAAACUAUCUCUUUCUCGCUCUCUCUCUCUAUUUUCCAUCGGAGAAGGAAAAAGGGAAAAUGGGGGAUCUGAAUCACCUGGAAAGAAUGGGCAGGGAACUCAAGUGCCCCAUCUGUUUGAGUCUGCUGAAUUCCGCAGUCUCGCUGAACUGCAAUCAUGUAUUCUGCAACCAUUGUAUUGUGAAAUCCAUGAAAUCAGACUCCAACUGUCCUGUUUGUAAGGUGCCAUAUCGUCGUAGAGAGGUCCGGUCUGCUCCUCAUAUGGAUAGCUUGGUAAACGUUUACAAAAGCAUGGAAAUUGCUUCAGGAAUCAAUAUAUUUGUCACUCAGCAUGCACCCUCAAGUAAAUUUUCAGAUGGAGAACAACAACCAGACGAAUAUAACAAUCACCAUGGACAAAAUUCUGGUGGAAUUUUUUUGGAAAGAGUAGAGGAACAAAAAACUUCCCAAAGAAAUGGGUCAAGAGAAAUAUGUAAUUCCAACCAAAACUGUCUUGGAUCACUUAAUGUUAAACCUUCGUUUCCAACCAAGAAAAGGGUUCAGGUGCCACAAUGCCCUCCUUCAGAAACUACGAUACAACACAUACAUUGUGAAGGUGAAUUAGGUGAAACUAUGGUUAAUUUAUCCAAAAAAGGUUCAGCGGUUCAGAAGGAAAAGCCUAAUAUAAAUGAGAAAGGAGAACCAGUUCUUUCUCCUUUUUUUUGGUUAAGGGAAGAAGAAACUGUAGAAAGUCUAAGUCAGCAUACUGAUGUUGAUCAACUAGUGGACAUACCACUUCCAAAUGUUCCUUCAUUCAGUGACAUCAGGGACUCAGAUGAUGAAAACUCUGAUAGAGUGAGCCCACAAGAAAAAUCCACUAGUGCUGCAGAUCUUUUGGAUGGUGAGAUGUUUGAAUGGACACAAAGAGCUUGUUCUCCUGAGCUAUGUUCAAGUCCCUUUAAGAUGCAGAUUGAUGAUACUGAAAUUGAUGGAGUUAAUGAGAAAGAACUCAAAGAGGCUUCAAAAGACAAGAAAACAGGCAAAGAGGUGCUUACUGACAAUGCAAUAUGCCCGAAAUCCAAACCUGAUAAUGGGAAUACUAAUGUGCUGCCAGAAAUUUCCAUCCCUGGAAGGAAGAAUGCUAAUAAUCAAGUGGGUAAUAGUAAUGAUAAGAGAGGUCGAAAGGUUAGGGAAACAACUGGCAAAACAAAUCCUAUAAAUGGCAGAAAUCCAGAUAAUGGAUCUCAAGGAAGCUCUUUAAAAUUGUCCAAACGCUGCAAAAGGAGUAAGAAGUCUCAUCCUCAAACCAUUGCUGCUAAGCGGACAAAUAAAAAAGCUGUUUCAUUCACUAUCCAAACUGAAACUUUAGACCAUCGUGAUGAAAACAUGGUGAGUGAAUUACCUUCUUCAUUAGGAAAGAAGGAAAACACCAAUCAAGAUAUCACCCUGAAGAAGAAUGGGAAAAAUUGUAAGAAGAUCCAUGUCCAGAACAAAAUUCAGAGAUCGAGGAAACAAAAUAUGGAUUCAUUGGUAUCUAUGAAAAAUGUGGUUGAAGAAGUUUCUAAGAUACAAAACCAAAAGAAUGAGGGAGUUGUGCCUCAUUUGCCCGUUUUAUCUAUCCCUACAGCUCAUAAUGAUAAGACCGUCAAUUUUAGGGACAAGCCCAGCAACCUUUCUAGAAAAUUUGAAUCAAGUGAUGAAGAACCAAGGAGUAAGAAAAAGUUCAGAGUUUCAUCUGUUGGAAACUCCAAGAAUGAUAUGGCUAAUGAGACUCACCUCAACAAUCAUCAUACAAAGGAAACUCUUGCCACUGAAAACAUUCAAGAUAGCCAUGAUGCAAUGGCUCUGCCUGAUUUAGCAUUAGUGAAGAAACUACCUUCUCUGACAAAUGACAUGAUUUUGCAGAGAUGCGAGACCACUCCUAGUGAAACCCAAUGUGCCUUUUGCCUUUCAUCAGAAGAGUCAGAGGCUACAGGAGAGAUAGUUCACUAUUACAAUGGCAUGCCUGUUGCUGCAAAUCACCAUGGAGGGUCUAAGGUUAUACAUUCACACAAAAACUGUACUGAAUGGGCACCUAAUGUUUACUUUAAAGAUGAUAUUGCUAAGAAUCUUGAAGUUGAAUUAACUAGAAGUCGAAGAAUUAAAUGUUGUUGCUGUGGAAUUAAGGGUGCAGCUCUUGGGUGUUUUGAGAAGAGUUGUCGAAAGAGCUUUCAUGUUCCUUGUGCAAAGUUGAUCCCUCAAUGUCGAUGGGAUACUGAUAACUUUGUUAUGUUAUGUCCUCUUCACGCAUCUUCUAAGUUGCCAAGUGAAUAUUCUCAAUCUCAAGCAAUGAAGAAAAAAUGCAAUGCUAAGAAGCUAUCAUAUGUUCAGCAUGAUACAGUUUCUAUGAAACAUGACCUUGGCACCUCAACCAGUUGGAGUCCUUGUCGGUCAUCUAAGAAAUUGGUUCUCUGUUGUUCAGCUCUCACAGAUUUGGAGAGGGAGUCUGUUUCUCGUUUUGAGAAAUUUUCUGGAGUUACAGUCCUUAAGAGGUGGGACUCAAGUGUCACGCACGUUAUUGCAUCAACAGAUGAAAAUGGAGCAUGUAGAAGAACCCUCAAAGUUUUGAUGGGUAUCUUGGAGGGGAAGUGGAUAUUGAGUAUGAAGUGGAUUAAGGCUUGCAUGGAAGCCAUGCAACCAGUUGAUGAAGAAAACUAUGAAAUUACCACUGAUACUCAUGGAAUCAGGGAUGGUCCUCGCCUUGGGAGACUGAGAGUAAUGAACAAGCAACCAAAGCUAUUUCAUGGGUUUAAGUUCUACUUUAUGGGAGAGUUUCUAUCAUCGUACAAGGGGUAUCUACAAGACCUUCUAACUGCUGCAGGAGGAAUUAUUCUGCAUAGAAAACCUGUUUCGCUUGACCAGGAUGCCUUUUCAUCUGUUUUUCCUACUUAUCAAACCUUCAUAAUUUACAGCCUUGAGGAACCUGAAAAAUGUGAUCCGAGUAAGAAGGAUGUGAUUUUCAAUCGUAGACGGGUUAAUGCAGAGGCUCUGGCAAGUUCAACUGGAGCAAAAGCAGCAAGCAAUUUAUGCAUUUUGAACUCCAUAGCUGCUUGCAAGUUACCUAUUUUCACUGAAUAAGUAUGCAUGAAAACCUCCUAAAUCUGUCAGAUUAUUGCAUAAAUCCAACCUUGAACUUUGUUGUAUGGGCAUGGUAUAAAUAUCGUUGGAAUUUCCAGCAUGCAA